AUGGGGGCUCUUCGGUGGCUCUCCCUUGUCGCUACUGCGUCGACGGCACUGGCCCUCACUCCAGAAGGAAUGAUCAGCGCUCCACGGAGGUCGGAAGCAAUCCCCAAUCCUUCUGGGGAUGUCGCGGUGUUCUCGCAAUCGCAGUACUCUUUCAAGACCCAUAAGACUACCUCUCAAUGGAAUGUCCUGGACCUGAAAUCCGGUGACAUCAAGCUUCUGACGAACGAUAGCAAUGUCUCUGAGAUAGUCUGGCUGGGUUCUGAUGACUCAACACUUCUCUAUGUCAACGGCACCAAUGCCGACAUUCCAGGUGGUGUAGAGUUGUGGGUGUCAGAUAUCUCCGAUUUCACCAAUGGGUACAAAGCAGCGUCACUGCCAGCGUCGUUUUCUGGCUUCAAGGUGGUCACAACAGAUUCCGGUGAUGUGCAAUACAUUGCAUACGCUGAAUCGUACGCAAAUGGCACGGCCUACAAUGAAGAGCUAGCAGAGAAGCCUCUAAGCUCUGCUCGCAUCUAUGACAGCCUCUACGUUCGCCACUGGGACUACUACCUCACGACCCGAUUCAAUGCAGUAUUUUCUGGCACUUUGAAGAAGUCCGAGGGCAAUGGAAAGGCUACCUACAAGGCCGACGGAGGCCUCAAGAACCUUGUCUCUCCCGUUAGAAAUGCGGAGAGCCCUUACCCACCUUUCGGUGGCUCCUCUGACUAUGACCUCUCCCCUGACGGCAAGUGGGUUGCUUUCAAGAGCAAGGCACAUGAUGUUCCCCGAGCCAACUAUACUACUGCGUAUAUCUUCCUUGUCCCCCAUGAUGGUUCGAAGACUGCUGUCCCAAUCAAUGGACCACACAGCCCCGGAACCCCCGAGGGCGUCAAGGGAGAUGCUGGAAGCCCGGUGUUCUCCCCGGACAGCAAGAGAAUUGCGUACUGGCAAAUGAAGGAUGAGUCCUACGAGGCUGACCAUCGUACCUUGUAUGUGUACACUCUGGACUCGAAGGAUACUAUUCCUUCUCUUGCAGGAGACUGGGACCGGUCCCUGGAUGCCAUCAAAUGGGCAGAUGAUGACAACCUCGUCAUCGGGGUUGAAGACGCUGGACGCUCUCGGUUGUUCUCCAUCCCAGCAGACGCCGGUGAUGACUACACGCCUAAGAACUUCACAGAUGGCGGUGUCGUAUCUGCUUACUAUCAGUUGCCGGAUUCAACUUACCUGGUUACUUCGGCCGCUAUUUGGACCAGCUGGAAUGUCUACAUCGCUAGCCCUGAGAAGGGUGUGAUUAAGACCUUGGCUACUGCCAACGAGAUCGACCCUGCGCUGAAAGGCCUUGGUCCUCAUAUAGUUGAUGAAUUCUACUUCGAGGGUGAAUGGACUGAUAUUCAAGCCUGGAUCAUCUAUCCCGAGAACUUUGACAAGAGCAAGACCUAUCCCCUACUUUACUAUAUCCACGGUGGCCCUCAGAGCUCGUGGCUCGACUCCUGGAGCACCCGCUGGAACCCCAAGGUGUUCGCCGAUCAGGGAUACGUAGUUGUUGCACCGAACCCAACUGGAAGCAGUGGCUUCGGCGACGAGCUCCAGGAUGCCAUCCAGAACAACUGGGGAGGCUCACCAUAUGAGGAUCUCGUCAAGGGCUGGGAAUACGUCGACGAGCACUUUGACUUCAUCGACACCAAUAACGGUGUCGCGGCAGGUGCCAGUUACGGCGGAUUCAUGAUCAACUGGAUCCAGGGCAGUGAUUUGGGCCGCAAGUUCAAGGCUCUGGUCAGCCAUGACGGUACAUUCGUCGCGGAUGCCAAAAUCUCGACCGAAGAGUUGUGGUUCAUGCAACACGAGUUUAACGGUACCUUCUGGGACAACCGCGAUAACUACCGUCGCUGGGACCCCUCCGCUCCCGAGCGUAUCCUCAAAUUCAGCACGCCCCAGCUCAUCAUCCACAACGACCUAGAUUACCGUCUCCCCGUCGCAGAGGGUCUAUCCCUAUUCAAUGUCCUCCAGGAACGCGGCGUUCCCAGCCGAUUCCUAAACUUCCCCAAUGAGAACCACUGGGUCACCAACAAAGAGAACAGCCUCGUCUGGCACCAACAGGUCCUAGGCUGGCUGAACAAGUAUUCCGGCAUAGAAGCCUCCAGCAAGAGUGCCGUCAGCCUGAAAGAUACUGUGAUCCCCGUUGUGAACUACAACCCGUGA